AUGAUCCAUCCACCUCCAAGCAGUAUCUCUUUGUCUGAGAGUGAUGUCGAAUUCCACCUACAGCAAGCUCAGAUCUACCACGGCCUAUUGAGACAGGGCUUCAAGAGGGAUGACAUUAUUCGGUAUCUUGCGGACCACCGCAGAGCGAUCUCAGAGGCGGCCGGGAUCAGUGUGGAUGAUGAGCUGCUUCUUAGUUCUAGCACCGUUGAACUGGCCUACCGACGGCGUCAAAGUUCUGCGCAGGCCGAGUCGCUUCAAACUGGACAAGAAAGCCGAACUUCCAAGCCUCCCUCAUCCUCAGAAUCCGUGAAGACCUCAUCUCGUCGUCCAGGACGGCAGUCCACGGAGCUCACUGAAUCACCAGAAGAGGAUGAAGACUUUGAACUUCGUCAGUCGGACGGGCGGUCCGUCUCGCCUGUGUCCAUGGUCCCAGCCAUGCAAGUCAACAAACACGCCCCUCGUAAAAGCUCCUUGCUUCGCUUUGCGACAGCAGCGUCCCAAGAAAGCCCCCCAGCAGAUGGCGUGGAAGGUGAUGGUACACCCGCUCGAAUUGUCACAUCUCGCACUCCCGUUGAGCCGGAUGGAUCGUCUGAACUCGACGAGGCUUAUGGUCAUUCUAGCUUGCCCGACUGGGUUGUCGAGGAGAUGAGGCAGAUAUCACUGGACAGUACAAACGCUCAGAGAGGUUCGGUCAGCGGACUGUCCGAUGAUAUGCCCUUUGUGCUACCAGAGCCACUUUCAGCCACCCCUCGGAUGCAGUCACUCCAGUCUAUCGGUCCUGCUCGGCCAACUGUCCGUGAAGGCUUCGCUUCGGCCUCUCGACGCCUAUCCAGCUCGGAUUCCACUCUGCCUAUUUGGACGCAUCACCGGAGCUAUACGGAAGGCUCUGUCGAAGAUAUGCCGAGCUCGCCUCCUGUCUUUCCUGCUUCUCCAGUAGAGGAAUCCCCACCGGAUGACGGCCCCUCCACUUCCUCUGGCCUACCGGCGACGCCAACGCCCAUCAGGAGAGCCAUUGCGUUCCCGCGGACAGAACCACGAAGCCACAGGCAUCGCUAUCUGGAUGGCAACUCGUUCUCAGUAUAUAAUGAAUCGCUUCCCGCCACUUUCCAGCCCCAAACUCCGGCAGAUCUGGCGAGGGGACCAUACAUUACAGAGCACGAUGCUGCUUACACAGCCCCACCGGGCAGGAUUCGAGUAGGGUCGGCAUCCGCAGUGAACGUCGAGGGACAACAGUGGGAUCUAGGGGAAGGCGAACAGAGCCCUACCGUACGAGCCAUAGGUCUUCGUGAGAGACGAAACAGAGAACUGCGGCGCAGCGUACGGGCAGAGGGGAUGCGGCUGCGAAGAAUGAUCACGAGAGAAGAGGCAUUGUUCACCCAGCACGGGAUAGAGGCACAGCAGACCGGCGCUGGUGGUGGUGAUAUUACGCCAGCACGAAACCCGGCUAGAGUUUUCCAGGCCAUGAUGGAUGAUAUGUGGAGAGACGACCUGGAAGCUGACCGAGUGGGCGAAGAGAAUUUCGAAGGUGACGCCGACAUCAACCGCCGAGGAGUAAUGAGGGUUGUCAGUGGCAAUGCGAGAUUUGAAGGUUGGGAAGGUGGUCCUGAACCUGAUCGGUAG